AUGUCUGCAACAGGCCUUAGCGAGACUUGUGUACUGAGCGCCGUGAACCUUCAGGUGAAGGCAGGUAGCUUUGUAAUGAUUGCUGGAGCCGUAGGCAGUGGCAAGAGUACUCUUUUGGCAUCCCUCGCUUGCGCGCGACCUGCUUUGCAUGGCUCUUGUCAUACAAACGGUCGCCGGGCGUACGUCCCUCAAAAGCCCUUCCUGCUAAAUGGAACCAUCCGAGAGAACAUCACCUUCGGACUUCCGUAUGAUGAGGAGAGGUACAACUCUUGCGUGGAAAUGGCAGCGUUGCCGGACGACUUGAAGACUUUGACGAGGGGAGAUUACACUUUGGUGGGUGAAAGCGGAGUCCAACUCUCUGGUGGUCAGAAGGCACGAGUAGCUUUAGCCCGAGCAAUCUACACGGAUGCUGAUGUGGUUUGUUUGGAUGACGUGUUGAGUGCAGUGGAUGCGCACACAGCUCGCUUCAUUUGGCAGAAGUGCUUUGUCGAGUUCUUUCUCAAGUCCAAGAAGACCCUCAUUCUCGUGAGCCACCAAAUCCAGUAUUUGUCACGACCAGAGGUUGACUCCAUCAUCAUGCUGCGAGAUGGGCAAAUUUGGCUGGAGGGACCUUGGUCAGUAUUGGCUCACAGUGGUGAUACCUUUCUAAGCCUUGUCCAAGCUUGGAAGGAAGAGGAAGAUGCCAAGGAUGCAAAGGAAAACACUCAGGAGCAUGCAAGUCAUGCAGAAGCACGUGGCAAAGAGAACGAGCAAAGUCGGCAAGUAUGGCUUCAUGAAUGUCAAAGCGCUUUGGCAUCGGUCUUGGGAGCUUUAGAUGGAAGGAGGAUUGAUCGGAUGCUGAUUGAGCGUGUGCACCAAGCUUUGAGCGGUGAGCACGACACGGAUCUGGUGAGGGAAGGUUCAAUCUCAUGGCCAGACUUCAAAGUCUAUUUACAAGCUUUUGGUUCGACUUUGAUUAUUUCAUUGAUGUUGUUGCUGAUGAUCUUCUCAGCCAUCAGUCAGAUCAUGUCCACGCUAUGGCUUGCAGCAUGGACGGGUGGAACGGAAGAACGUAGCGAACGCGAAAGCGUGUUGAUCUACUUCGGCCUUGGUGUCUCCACAAGUCUGGCGAACUGUGUCCAAGCGGUUCUGCUGACAGCGGGUGCUCUUGCAGCUUCCCAUACCAUUCAUCAUGACAUGUUGCAUAAAAUUCUUGCUGCGCCGAUGUCCUUCUUUGACUCCUCGCCCACCGGGCGAGUGCUGAAUCGUUUCCUGCAAGACUUGCAAAACAUCGACAGCUUUGUUCCCAACUCCAUCUCAGACCAGAUCAUGAAGACUUUAAACAUCAUUACACAACUCUCUUUGAUCUAUAUCGAGGCCCCUUGGGUGCUUUGCACCUUGCCAGUGCUUGCUGUGCCAUACUCGAUGAUCUACCGAAGGAUGCGUAUCCCAAAUCGAGACAGCAGACGCUUGGAGAGUGCCGCACGGUCGCCCGUUUAUGCGCAUUUCAAUGACACCUUACAUGGCCGGGAAACCGUUCGGGCUUUUGGUGCGGAGGCGCGGUUUGAACAGGAGAACCUGAAACAUGUUGGCACAAUGUCGCAGGGCCUCUAUGGGAAUCAAGCAGUUGGAAAAUGGGCACAAGCGCUCACGACACAAUGGGGCUGCAUACUGUAUUGUGCCUCUGCUUUCGUUUGCGUCGAGCUGGCCCGGCAAGGGCGAAUGCCGGCGGGACACAUGGGUCUUGUUCUUCUCUAUUCGGCACAGCUUCAAAGGGACAUGAUGGAUUACAUGAUGGGCGCGGCAGAUGUCGAGACGAAGUUUGUGUCGGUGGAGAGGGUUGCCGAGUACAUGCGCUUGGACAGUGAGAUUGAUGCGGGAUCGAAUGAGACGAACCAACGCUGGAAAGGUGAAAUAGAAUUUCAACUUUGUGAUUCCAUUUGUCGCUUUGAGGUGUCCAUGCGCUAUCGCCUUCACCGAGAUUUGGUGCUUCGAGGGAUCAGUUUAAAGAUCGAAAGCAAAUCCAAAUUGGCCUUCUGCGGCCGAACAGGUUGCGGGAAGAGCUCUCUUUUCAGUGUUUUGAACCGUCUUUAUCCUUUGGCAUCGGGCUCCGUCUUGCUCGAUGGCAUUGAUAUCAGCAACUUCCCUCUCCGCACGUUGCGAACGAAAGUUCGGGUUGUUUCGCAAGAAGCUUUCCUCAUCUCAGGCUCAUUAAGGCAAAACUUGACCAUGUCGUCACAAUCCGGUGGAAUAUCUGAUGACAUCUUGUGGUAUUGUCUUCGCGUGGUUGGAUUAGAAGAAAAGGUUCAAUCUCUUUCGGGUGCUUUGGACUUUGCAGUCGACAUGGCCGGGCAAAACUUUUCAGUUGGUGAACGGCAGCUUAUCACAUUAGCAAGGGUAUUGGUGCCCAGCUGUCCUUGCAGAAUAGAUGAUUGGGCGCCUCCGCCGGUACUUCUUUGUGAUGAAGCCACUGCAAAUAUCGACGUGGUGACAGACGAGAAGGUGCACGAUGUGGUGCUGUCUUUGGAGGCAACUGUUAUGAUGAUUUGCCAUCGCUUGCAGCACAUCCGACGUUUUGAGCGGGUCGUGGUUCUGGACGCGGGGACAUUGGUGGAACAAGGCCCUCCUAACAUCUUAUUGGAUGCAGAUCAUGAUGGAAGGAGCCAUUUGUCCCGCCUUUGUGCUGCUGCAGGUUUGUGA